AUGAAAGGGAGAUGGUUGGCUCCGUCAAUGGCAGCGGCGGAGCAGAAGGCGUUCCACGGAGGUGGUGGUUGCGACGGCGAGAAAAUCUUCUGCGGUAGCAAAUAA